GUUUAAUAAAUACAUUAGCUGCACUUAAAUACUGCGCUGUUCCAAGAGCGGCCUGUAUGUUACUAGUCGUCAUUAUGGCUACUCUGAAAUUCAAGGAUCCCUCACCUUACAUCAUGAGCCAACAGAUAGCACCGUCCGCCGAUUACGCAUACGCCAGGUACCUGGAAAACAAAGAAAUGGCGUCCAAGGAAGGUAAUCCACAAGAAAAGAUCCAAAUGGCUUUGUUUGGAGUUGGGAGGGCAGGGUCAAUACAUCUCAGUAACCUAGUAAAGAACCCAUGGGUGAUACUCCGGUACGUAGUAGAUGAUGACCAGACAAAGUGGGCUGCCAUCAAGAGUUACUGGCACCUCGACAACGCAGAAUUCCUCCUCAACAAGGACUCGGACAGAGUGUUUCAGGACACGGGUGUGGCUGCGGUGGUAGUGGCGUCCCCGACAGCAUGUCACGAGGAGACCAUUCUGGGCGCUCUACAGCAUCGGAAACACGUGUUCUGCGAGAAGCCUGUAGCGCACAGCAGUGCCAGUUCCGAGAACUGCUACCGGUUGGCGGCACACUACGGCAAGACACUUUUCUGCGCCUUCAACAGGAGGUUCGAUCCAGCGUAUUCUCUACUGAAGGAGCAGGUGAGGCAGGGUGAGGUCGGGCACGUUCAGACCAUCAAGGUGUGCAGCAGAGACUCACCACUACCCACCAUCGCCUACCUCAGCACGUCAGGUGGGAUCUUCCACGACUGCGCGGUCCACGAUAUCGAUAUCAUGUGCUGGAUACUGGGGGAAUAUCCACACCGUGUCACGGCUCAUGUUUAUGCACACACUCCGGAGAUCGCAGCCAUAGGCGAUUACGACACGGUUGCCGUGGUGCUUAGCUACCCGAGCGGGACUAUUGGCCUGAUUGACUCCACAUACGGCUACGACCAGCGACUGGAGGUGUUUGGACAGCGCGGAAUGCUAAUAUGCAACAAUGAACGUCCUAUGUGCGGCGUGGAAAGUCAAAUAGGUCUGCGGGGAAGUCAAGACCAGCCCAUCUAUUUCUCCUUCCCGUCUCGUUACCACCGCGCAUAUGUUAACGAGAUGGAACACUUCCUUGACGUGAUUCAAGGAAAAGACAAGCUGAAGGUUCUGGGACAUGAGACGCUGGCUGUUAGCAAAAUUGCCUCAGCCUGCGAGAAGUCUGCGCGGACCGGGGAGUCAGUGGAACUAACAUGGGGGCCCGACGAUUUACCUCCGAAAUGACGCCAAUAAAACAAAAUGGUGGCCGUUAUGACAGCGGCUAAGAAUUGAACUAAUAAUCUAGUCAGAAGCAUUUGUAUGUGCUUGAUCCCAAACCAUUUUACAAUGCCAUAAAUGCAUUAUUCAAAUUUUACAGAACGCCCUUUGAAGGCUUUGGAAGUUGGAAAUGUAAGGGGCCCCUACACAAAUCAAUAAACACUGCUCAAACAUU